UUGUUUUUAACAACUUGCCCAAGAUGCGAGGGAGCUGCUCGAGAAAAACUCAUAAUCAUCAUCGUGAAAGAUGUUAAUUUAACCAAGGGGGGGUUUAAUGUGUGACGUCCAUCUUUAAGCCAAGCGAAAAGUUGCCAAACUGGAGCGUGCUGAAGAGCGAAAGGACAGUUUGUCCCUGGUAACUUUACACUGACCGUCGUUCUGUGAAGGAGAGGAAAAAUGAAGUUCGCUCAGUUUUUGCUGAAAAACAGCUCAGUAGCUGGGAUCCCGAAACAAGUGGAGAGGUUUUCCAAGUUUUCCCCUUCUCCAUUAUCCAUGAAGCAGUUCAUUGACUUUGGCUCGGCCAAUGCAUGUGAGAAGACCUCCUUUGUGUUCCUACGGCAGGAGCUUCCUGUCAGACUGGCCAACAUCAUGAAGGAAAUUGAUUUCCUCCCUGACAAGCUCCUCAGCACUCCUUCCUUAAAGCUCCUUACCAGCUGGUAUUCACAGAGUUUGUUGGAGCUUAUAGAAUUUUUAGAGAGAGAUCCAGAUGAUAAGGAUGUCCUGACAAGCUUUACAAACACUCUGGUUAAUGUCCGUAAUCGGCACAACAACGUAGUGCCCACCAUGGCUCAGGGUGUGGUGGAGUACAAGGAGGCCUUUGGUGUGGACCCCGUCACCAACCAGAACGUCCAGUACUUCCUGGACCGCUUCUACAUGAGCCGCAUCUCCACACGCAUGCUCAUGAACCAGCACACAUUAAUCUUCGACGGCAGUGCGAACCCAGCCCAUCCCAAACAUAUUGGAGGCAUUGAUCCCAGCUGUGACGUCGUGGAGGUAGUAAAAGAUGCAUAUGAGACUUCAAAGAUGCUGUGUGAGCAGUAUUACCUGGCCUCUCCUCACAUGGAGAUCAUAGAAGUAAAUUCCAAAAACCCUGGCCAGCCCCUCCACAUUGUCUAUGUUCCAUCCCACCUCUACCAUAUGCUGUUUGAGCUAUUCAAGAACGCCAUGAGAGCAACAGUAGAGACACAUGAGACGAGCCCGGAAUUGCCCCCGAUCAAAGUACGAGUUUCACUGGGCACCGAAGACCUCACUAUCAAGAUGUCUGACAGAGGAGGUGGAGUCCCUCUGAGGAAGAUCGAGCGCCUAUUCAGCUACAUGUACUCCACAGCUCCCAGUCCUGUCCAUUCAGACAACUCUCGUAACGCGCCUCUGGCUGGUUUUGGCUACGGCCUGCCCAUCUCCCGUUUGUAUGCCAAGUAUUUCCAGGGAGACUUGCAGCUCUACUCUAUGGAGGGAUAUGGCACCUCAGCUGUCAUAUACUUGAAGGCGCUGUCCUCAGAAUCAGUGGAGAGACUUCCUGUUUUCAACAAGUCGGCCUUACGGCAUUACCAGACCAGCACAGAGGCUGAUGACUGGUGCAUGCCCAGUAAGGAUCCAAAGAAACUGGGCAAGUAUGAGAGGAUUCCCUGAAGUUGGACCGAAGCAGAGGAGACUCUUAAAUAAUAGAAAUAAAAAAAGAAAUCAUAGAAUUAAGAGGGUCCAUGUGGGGAGAAAUGGAUGAACUUGUACUGUAAGUGGGAGCAGACCUGUUGCUGGACCUUGACUUGGGCAAUGUGGAAUCUGGAUUCCUUUUUUCUCCCAAGAAAGGAGUGUGAGAAGAGAAAAUCACUUAUCAUAUGGUGUCAAGAUUCAGAUAUAUGAAAUAUUACUGAGCUAUUACUGCCUGAGCGUGAUUUCAAACCAUCCAACGGGCAAUAAAACCACAUUUCAUUUCAUUAUAUGACGAUUACAGGCUGCUAAUAGUAAUGGAACAAGUUAAGUUGUAAUAACAUGGUUGCACUGUGAAACAAGCCCGCAAGCUGUGAUUUUGCAUUAUAUUGUAAAACUUAAAGCCCUGUCAAGGCUAGGCAUAGUGGGGUCACUCAAACUAAACAUGUUUGGUCCCAUCAUAAGAACAAAGGGAGGAAAGUUUGUUCCCCCUCUUUUGUUCAUGUAGGUAUUUACUUUAUUUCAUACACACAACUUAAUGCAUUUCAUCGUCAGUUUUCACACUACUGGAGCAUUUCAGACACUAAAACAAGUCAAUCAAUGUUGUGCCAUUUUUUUGUGUUUUCGCUUCUUCAAUGAAAUGUAAAUACAAUGUGAUCCUGAUAAAAGAGGAUUGUGAAUUUCAGUAAACUACCUACCUGGAGCCCUGGUGUUGAACCCAAGCAAGCUUGAGAUAAUUUUUUGGCUGGACUGCAGGGACCAGCCCUAUGAAAGCAAAUGUCUGUCCUUCACUGACUGAGUGAUGUAACUUCAUCAUUCGCCUCUGCUCCCCAAUUAGAAGCCCUGUAGCGUUAAAUCCACGGUCAGUUCAUCUCAGUGCUUUUAUCCCACAGAGGGAAAUUUGGCUUGCAGCAGAGCACUGAUAAAAAAUGACAAUACAAUGUUUGGGAUUGGAUUAGAUAAAGUGUAAAAUGUGAGCAAAAAGUGCAUAAAUGCGAGGUAACAAUUGCCUUUUGUGCAAGUUAAGCUUGCAAUUUGUUAUAGGGACGAAGGAAAAUUGAAAUCAAUUGCACUUUGCCCUGGUAGCCCUGUACCUCUGACCUGAAGGAAGAAGAUCAAAUGCUUCAAACAGAGCAUGGUCUGCCAUAUAGUAGACCAUCCAUAUACUAGCUAUAUACUAGGUUUUGACCUAGUCUUGUUAAAUUUGGACUGAUGUGAAUAUCAGAUGAUGUAUCGAGAAAUGUAAGCAUGAAUAUGCUUGCUGGAUGUUUGUUUCCAUAAGGAAAAAUGAGAUGUACUCUUCUGGAGAGGUGGGAUUGUUUAAACCUAGUAUUGCAAUAUAUUUGAAGUUAAUGUGUUUGUUUUUGUGUGUGGUUGAAUUGUGAAUAAUUGAUAAUGAAUUCUGGGGUUGUCCUUUAGGUGAAACAAAUCCCAAGUCAACCGUGAACUCCACAAUAUUCUGUUGACAUAAAGUCAACAUGAAUGUUUUUCAAGAACGUUUUCAGUGUUUUGUAAGAGUUAGUGUAUAAAUGCACAGUGGAUGGUCGAUGGUAAUGGAAUAAUAUCACCGAAGUGCUUUGUAAUGACAUAUGCAUUGUUUAUAUACUUACUCUGGAGGGUUUGAAGGCCUGUGUUAAACCCAUAUGUUGUACUGCAGGGAACUGUGCUUUAGUACUGUACUAUAUAACAAGGCAUCAUACUCUGACUUGUGUAGCAUUUUAUCUGUAUCUGAUUAAAUGAUACACAGUUUGAGUCCAGUCUAAAAGACACAUGUGAACAAUAUGGAAAGAUGCUCAGCGACUGUGAAGCAGUAUGCCAGUUAUUGCCAUAUGCAAGCUGAAUUACAGAUAUUACUUUAUCUGUUUCAAAAGCAUCCUUCUCCUCAUUAUAUACUUAACUACAAUGUGCUUCUCAAGUCUGCCAUUGCCUAGUUUUAAGCCAUUAGUAUUGCAGUGAGAACCAAAUGUUAAAGUAUUAAUUUCACAAGUUUUAGGUUUUUAUGAUUGUCUAAAUGUUUAGUAGUUGACAUUUUAUGCUGUAUUAACAUCACUCUCAAAGGCCAAGCGUUACUGUACUAAAGUUGUGGUUCACCACUGAAAGGACCAGUGAAUGUAGAAAAUAAA